UGUGACAGUCGGGAUGGCUUGGAACGGGAGGCAGCUGCGCUUCGCUGAAGCCCAUCUCCAAGUUCAAAUCUCCCCAAUAAACUAGCUGGCCUUGACUCCACCACGCGGAGAAGACUGUGCUGGGGGGAAGUUUGGUUGGCUGAUUUCAAAGGACAUUGGUGUAUAUAUUUCAAGCCCUAGUCGAUGGAUUUAUUACUCACAAAACAGCAUUGUAGCUAGAAAACGUAAAGCAUGGGUGACUGGAGCUUUCUGGGGAGGCUGUUGGAAAAUGCACAGGAACACUCAACGGUCAUUGGGAAAGUCUGGUUGACAGUCCUCUUCAUCUUCAGGAUCCUGGUUUUGGGUGCUGCUGCAGAGGAAGUGUGGGGGGACGAGCAGUCAGACUUUACGUGUAACACGCAGCAGCCUGGUUGUGAGAAUGUAUGCUAUGAUGAGGCCUUCCCAAUCUCACACAUUCGCUUCUGGGUGCUACAGAUCAUCUUUGUGUCCACACCUACUCUCAUUUACCUGGGCCAUGUACUUCACAUUGUCCGGAUGGAGGAAAAACGCAAGGAGAAAGAGGAGGAACUGCGCAAGGCCAGUAGAUUUCAGGAAGAGAAAGAUCUCUACAGGAAUGGGGGCGCAGGAGGAGCAGGCGAUGGAGGCGGUGGCAGUGGCAAAAAAGAGAAGCCUCCAAUACGAGAUGAGCAUGGCAAAAUCCGGAUCAGAGGUGCUCUCCUGCGCACCUACAUUUUCAAUAUUAUUUUCAAAACUCUGUUUGAAGUGGGGUUCAUCUUGGGCCAGUAUUUCCUUUAUGGGUUCCAACUUAGGCCCCUUUACAAAUGUGCAAGGUGGCCCUGCCCAAACACAGUGGACUGCUUUAUCUCCAGGCCCACAGAAAAGACUAUUUUUAUUAUAUUUAUGCUUGUGGUGGCUUGUGUGUCUCUUGUGCUGAACCUUUUAGAAAUCUAUCAUCUGGGAUGGAAAAAAGUCAAGCAGGGUGUGACCAACAAGUUUGUGCCAGAGCAUGAAUCUCUACCCUACAACGCUAAUGAACCUGGAAGGGUUGAUGAUGUCACAAUCCUCCCUGUGGUCAGCUCAUCUCCACCUGUCUUUAACCAGCCUCCCAACUAUGCAGAUAUGGCCAUUUUGGGAAGCAAUGCAAUCCAGCCCUCAACAACCUUAGCUCUAGUACCCACAGCUGAGGCAGAGUGCAAGGCUGAUCCACUUAAUGAUGUUCCUCAAUCCUUCCUAUACAACAGCAAUUACAACAGCAACAACUACCAUCUGACAAUGGAGCAAAACUGGGCUAACAAGAUGGCUGAGUUACAGAAAAAUGAAACGAAGCCCCCAAAUUCAAGCCUUACUUCCUCAUCGUCCUGCUCCUCCUUAAGCAACCACUUGGAAAGCAGAGAUUCCGUUCGCCCUUCCUCUAUCUGCACUGCUGAUUUUCUCAGUGAUGGGAGAAGUGAACCAGACAUUGGGCCUGUUUUUACCACCACCACUGCAGAGAUGCAUCAACCGCCUGUUACAAUGACUGAUAUUUGUCAUUUGAGCAGAGCCAGCAAAAUAGGCAGCAUCAGGGCUAGACCUGACGACUUGGCAGUCUAGUCGAGCCUAUCAGUACAUUGAAGAUAAAAUUCAGGACUUUAAUGGGAGGGUGCUGCAACUGUCAAGUCCUGUCUAACAAAUCUAGUACCAGCACAUGACCCAAGCAUCACAAACGGUGCAAAACCCCUCGUGAACACGUUUACGAGCAUGAUGAAGGAAAAGCAAACUGACCCUGUUUAAAAUAAAAGAGGGAAAGCUUUUAGCUUGUUAAUUCUAUUUCAGUUUUUGGCAAAGUUUGGCAGAGGUAUGCACUUUCAUUUUUGUAACACAUGUUUGAGCUCCACCAUUCUGUGCCUUGGUGUGUCAGUGUCACUACACUUUUACUCGACGUCUGUCCAGCUGUUAUGGCCUAUAUCUGACCCUCUGUAAAUCCACAAAAGACCAAAAAAAAAAAAAAACUAAUGAGGAGCAUAUUCACUGUGAGAUGUCAUUAACAGACUCGGAUUAGCAAACAUGAAGUUGAGCUGAGCCUACAGAAUAUGCAAGCUAGGGUGCUGUAGCUCUGUCAUAUAACUGGGAAGUGUGUGCCUGACAUGCCAGAGUCAUGUUAUGAUUGUCCUUAAGAAUAUGCAGUAUUUGCUAUUAUUGCAGUUUCAUCAGGGGUAAAUAGAUAUAAAUAUCAUAACUAAACAAUAUGUGUACAUAUAUACAGUAUAUAAAUACAAUCAUAUGAAUAACUAUGAAUAUAACUGGUUGCAGUGUGAUUGCAGCAUAGAGGCCUUUCUUGUAAGCAGCAAUAAUACUCGAGAUUUAUCCUGUAAAUAGAGGCUCAUGUGUGAAUAUAGCUGUGGCAGAGAUAAUGCUAUAGUACUAUUGCUAGAUAGAGUGAGUAGUUAGAAAAGGUUUGAGGCAAGAUUUGAGGCAUUGAUAGUAUUUGUCUUUGUAUUUAGGCAAUUUGAAGAAUAUUGUGAUAAGAUUUUGAGAAUUUCCCUGUAACUAUAAAUUCCUGCCAGUUUUUAAACAAAAAUGGCUCAAUCCACAAAAUUAUCUUUCUCACUGACCUCCCUUUAGUUUACUUUUCCAGUUAUUUUGUUUUUACAUUGAGGAGGUGGUUUUACAUGGGAAGCAGUUUUAGCCUAAAAUGACACCAGUAAUAUAAGCUGUGACUUAAAUGUUAGAGAUCAGCUAUAAAAUAUUUACUAUUGAUAUCAGAUCUACAGAUUAAUAAUGCUAUUCUGAUCAGUUACAUUGCCAGGACAAUAUAUAUGCAUAUUGUAAUUUUGACUAGUUGUAUGUUACCAUAUCAGUUGCAGAUAUGUACAAUUACUUUCUCUCUAGUUAUUGUUGAAAAAUACAAUUCCAGUAAUUGUAAUAAAUUGUAAAUAAAUUAAUUUAAUUAUAAUCUACAGUUGUUUUAAAUAUCAAUAAUAUUAUAUUACUAGUAAAAAUACAAAUUACACAUACAUUAUGUUACAGAAAUCUAACAUUGCACAUAUCUGAAAUGCACAUUACAACUACUUUAAAACAAAUGAAAGAUAUCUUGAAUUAGCAUUUAUGCUAGUCUGUACAUUUGAUAAUAUUGUAAAUGGCAAGCAUUUCUAAGCAUAUAUCGUAAAUGAUGAAGAACUGCAUUAAAGAAAUAUGUAAUUUGAGUUAGGACUUAUAUCACAGUUGUCAUUUAAGACUAAAACAGCUUCCCCUAGUUUUAAGCUUAUUAUUUGACGAAUUUUGUUCGUGUUAAAAACCAACUCACUCGUGAGUGGUCUGUUGGCCUUAAGCUGCAUUGAUUUGAAACCCCCUGUUAAUGUGUGAAAAAGUCUAUAGAGACACUUUGCAAGGUAUUAAUGCUCUUUCCUCUUAUUUGUUAAGUGCAAUCUUUAGGUGUGGGGAUUAUGAGCUGAAAACAGGACUGUAAAUGUGAGUUUUUGCUGAGAUAUGAUUUUCAUUAUGCUGCUGUGCUACAAUUUAGGCUGUCCUCUUUGCUACUAAAUUACUAGUGGCUAGAGUCAUGCUAAAACGCUUAUGUAUGAUGUUCAAAUGACCCAAAGAUUAGAAGAAAUGAAGAGAUUACUAAUUUACCUGCUUAUCAGCAGACAUGUUUAAUUUCAAAAUAUAUAACUGAUAGAUUCCAUGCUAAGACGUCUUGUCCUUGUGGUAAAGUGCAAUUUUUAUUUAAAAUAAAUGUAUUUAAUAAACAUGGCAAAAACAUACAAAAAUAUU